AUGGGUGAAGAACAUGAGCAUUAUGGUGUUUUGCCUUUGCUGGAUAAGGCUUUCAAUGAAACUUUCGGAUAUGGAUCGGUGACUGAUGAUCUGAGGAGCAACGUCAAGAAUGUAAUCCAAGAUGAAGCAAACAGUAAACUGUCAAGCCAUGAACAGGAGCUGCUAGGCAUCAGACGGACGGUUCCCGGCUGGGAUGGGGAACCACCACGGCGGGUUUUCGAUAAUGGUAACAAGGAUCAAAACAACAACGAAACCGAUGAGAACGAUGAUUACGAGUAUAAAAUUGCAAAUCAGAGCGGCCUGUUGUCGUCGUCGCCGUCGUCCGAUAGUGGAGAUUCGGCGGAAAUCAAUGAUAGGGUGGUGGUUCUUGGCCAAAGGUUCAACGGUGAAAGCAUGCAGGACAAAGACGUGCCUGAAAAGAAGUCAACUUUGGGGUGGCUGAAAAGAAAAUUACUCUCUAUUGAGGGAGACUCGGUAGCUGAUGAUAGAGAUGACACCGAGUCUGAUUACAAUGAUGAUAAGAGGUGGAGAGUGGGACUUGCUGGUGAGUUCAAGCGUAGAGGGGGUUCUUAUCGUAAUGAUGGCGAUGAUGACCGGGACAAGCUUGGGGAUCCGACAGGGGAUGAUUACUAUCACAAGUCUGACGAUCCACAGGGUGAUAUUUCCGACCUGGCUCUUUCAGCGAAUCGAUAUCCAGCGGAUAUGGGCGACAUACAUACUAGCUGGGACAAGGCUAAUCAUAAACGUAAAAUCAUUGAGGAAAUGAACGGACGUGUUGACAGCCGGAAUUAUGAUAAGGUCACCAGUUUCAGAAGGCGUAAAAGUGCCAAGCCGGUUGGAGAAGGGGGAGGUGAAAUGUCACCGGGUGGCACGAGCGAUAAGAAAGAGGAAACGAUCCAGGAUCAAAGUACAGUUUAUCGACAACAGGACGAUGAUUCGGAUCAGGUUGAGACCACGACGGCAUGCGACUGUGCUGCAAAGUGUGCCACAGCGGAAAGCACAACGGAUGAAAGCACUCAGGAAACGGAUGCUACUGAAGCUAGUGGUGUUGAUGAAGAGGUGACAACGGAAGAACCCGAAGAAGAAGAAGAUGAAGAAGAAAUUACUUCUGAGGAACCCGUUGAACAACCUGAGUCGAGUGCCGAAAGCGAUUCAGGUCAGAAGAAAGAGGUUUACAUUGAUUUGAGAAUUGGCAUCAAGAAUGUGGGAAAUGAUAGCACGGCAUCGCAGGAAGAACCAGUAGAAUUUCAUAAGAAAAUUGUGGUCAAGCGAGAGGAGCUUGAGAAUAAUGUCUCUGCUCAAGCAGAGUCUUCGGAAUCAAAUUUCCCCAUUGAUUUGGUAAAGGCCAUCUAUCAAUUAGUGGACAAGGAUGACAGCCUUCGGAAACACGUGGCACCACGUCUGCCCGAUCGAACCAAGUUGUUGUCCAAGCUGGAGCAGCCUGGCCGCAGGCAAAAGAUUAAUGACCAUCGACUGGAGAGUACUGGGGUGGACAAGAGCCGUGCUGGAGGUGGCCCUUCAAUGGGAGCCGCUCCAUCGGUGGCUAGUAUUGAGGACAACAAGACCAACAGCAAAGCUUUGGCAAGCGUGCUUGAAGCCAUUGGAGAAUUGAUUCGAAGAAGAUCGUAA